GCGGCUCCAGGAAACGGCGCGUUCGCCUCUCGCCGCUUUCGCGACCCGACGCGCCCCAGCGACCCCACCGACGCCGUCAGACCCCACGGCGGGCCCCAGUGGCGGCGGCGGCAGCGCGGCCUCGGGUCCGAGCUUCGGACAGCUCCUCACGGACGGGGCGGGCGGCGCGGAUAGGGGCCCCAGAGCCCAUGGGGUCCCGGGCCGGGCCAGCGGUCGCGGGCCAUUGGUCGCCCCGGGCCUGAGGAGCGGGCGGCGGCGGCGGCAGCGGGGACCAUGACCUCGGUUUGGAAGCGCCUGCAGCGCGUGGGCAAGCGGGCUGCCAAGUUCCAGUUUGUGGCCUGUUACCACGAGCUGGUGGUGGAAUGCACCAAGAAAUGGCAGCCGGAUAAGCUGGUGGUGGUGUGGACCCGGCGGAACCGACGCAUCUGCUCCAAGGCCCACAGCUGGCAGCCGGGCAUCCAGAACCCGUAUCGGGGCACUGUGGUGUGGCUAGUUCCUGAGAACGUGGACAUCGCCGUGACCCUGUACAGGGACCCCCACGUGGACCAGUACGAGGCUAAAGAGUGGACAUUUGUUAUUGAGAAUGAGGCCAAGGGGCAGCGGAAGGUGCUGGCCACGGCCGAGGUGGACCUGGCCCGCCAUGCGGGGCCUGUGCCAGCCCAAGUUCCGCUGCGGCUGCGGCUGAAACCCAAGUCGGUGAAGGUGGUGCACGCUGAGCUGAGCCUCACUCUCUCGGGGGUGCUCCUGCGGGAGGGCCGCGCCACGGAUGAUGACAUGCAGAGUCUUGCGAGCCUUAUGAGUGUGAAGCCCAGCGAUGUGGGCAACUUGGAUGACUUUGCUGAGAGUGACGAGGAGGAGGCUAACGGCCCAGCGGCCCGUGUCCCCCAGCCAGACCCCGCUCGGGAGCUGAAGACACUGUGUGAGGAGGAAGAGGAGGGCCGAGUGCAGCCCCAGCCGGCAGCUGUCAGCCCCUCUAGGGCCGAGGACACCAGCGCAGCCCCUGUGAGUGCCCCUGCGCCCCCAGCCAGGGCCUCCCGGGGCCAGGGGUCAGAGGCAGCGACUGUAGCAGGGGGCCAGGCAGGGCCUGAGGCCCCAAGGCCCCCGGGAGCCCCCCUGGAGACACGGUCUCCAAAGCAGCCAGGCCAGGAUGUGGUCCCCAACCCAGCCCCCCGGCUCCGGAAAGGCCCUGAUGCCCCCUGGUCCCCAAGCCCCCAGGGGAAGAGCAAGGCCCCCGAAGUCUCAGGGGCUGCCCCCGCAGGAGUGGGUUCUGCUGGGGAAGCCCAGGCCCUUUCAAGUCCUCAGGAAGGGACAGAGGCCCAGGGAGGUGGGCCGGGUCUGGGCACUGAGGACAGAGGCCCCAGAGAACCUUCUGGAGGGCAGAGACUCAGGGAUGAGGAGGGGGUCAUUGGGGAUAGUCCAGGGGCCAGGGCAGUGGACAGUGAGCAGGAGCCAGGAGUUGGAGAGGUGGACACUAAGAGGUCAGUGGUCAGAGUUGGGGAGGUGGAAGCGAGUUCAGAAGUAAGUCAAGUGGAUGCUGAGCCCGGGUCAAAGGUGAGGCAUGUGGACACUAAGGGACCAGAGGCCACUGGGGUGAAGCCUCAGGCAGGGUUGAGGGGGACUCCCGAGGCUCCUCCAAGGGGGUCACAGGGGAGGGUGGGGGACAGGACCAGGGAAGAGGCUUCCCCAGGCUCAAGCCCACCCCCAGUGGAACCUGCUGGGUGGUCCCAGCAUCCUGGUGACCUCCAGAGGGCCCAAGUGGCUGCAGGCCAGGAGAGAGAGGGCACAGAGGUGAGGGGUGGAGCCCCUGGUGCUGGGGGGACAAGCCUGGAGCAGGGCCCCUCUGUUGGAGCAGCAAACACCAGGCCCCAGGUGAGCACAAGCCAGGGGUCCCUCCCAGCAGCUGACCAGGGGGUGAUGUCUAGAGAUCUGGGGGUCUGGGUGGCAGAAACUGGGGACACAAGGGUCCUGGGAGUAGAGACCUGGGAGGCAGGGUCUGAGGUGUUGGGGACCCAGGAGACAGAAGCACAGGGAUCAGGGGUCUCAGGGAUAGAGACUGAGACAGCAGAAGCAGAGAUUUUGGGGGCCCAGGAGACAGAAUUGGGGGAUUCAGAGGUCUCAGGCACAGAAGCUGGGAUGGCAAAAGCUGAGGUAUUGGGAACCCAGAAAACAGAUGCUUGGGAUUCAGGAGUCGCAGGGACAGAGGCUGGGAUGGCAGAGACUGAGAUGUUGGGGGCCCAUGAGACAGAGGUGGGCCUUUCAGGGGUACCUGAGAUGGAGUCUGGGAAAGGAGAGGAAAAGAUACUGGAGACCCAAGAGAUAGCAGCUAAGGAUUCAGGGGUUCCAGGGAUAGAAGCUGAGAUAGCAGAGUCUGAGAUAUUAGGAACCCAAGAAACAGAGGCUUGGGAUUCAGGCGACCCAGGGACAGAAGCUGGGGUGGCAGAAACUGAGAUGUUGGGGGCCCAUGAGACAGAGGUGGGGCAUUCAGGGGUCUCGGGGGCAGAGGCUGGGAUGGCAGUGGCUGGGGUACUGGGAACCCAAGAUACAGAAACUAGCAUUUCAGAGGUUGAGGUUUUGGAGGCCCAGGAGGCAGAGACUGGGGCUUGGGGGGCCCUUGAAUGUGAGACUUUAAGGGCCCCAGCUACUGAACCUGAGGUUUUAGGGUCCCUGGAAGCAGAUGCGGAGAUUUCAGGAGUCUGGGAGGCAGAGACUAACGUUUUGACAGCCCAGGAGGCAGAGGCCGGGGUUUGGGGGGUCUCAGAGGCCAAAUCUGGAGUUUUGGGGGCCCAGGAAGCAGAGAUCAUGCGUUUAGGGUCUCCAGAGAACAACUCUGAUGUUUUUGAGGCCCAGGAAGCAAAGGCAGGGCUCUUGGGGACCAAGAAGGAUAAAGAAGCUGAGGGAAGGCCCCCCGAGGCCAGCCUGAUUGAGGCGCAGGUGGCCAGUGGGGCAGGGGCUGGAGUGCCCGGGCCCUCGGGGUCCCCUUCCCCAGAGGAGCCUGAAGAGGACAGGAGGCUGCCGGGCAGCCAGGCACCGCCUGCCCUGGUUAGCUCCAGCCAGUCCCUGCUGGAGUGGUGCCAGGAAGUCACCGCUGGCUACCGUGGUGUCCGCAUCACCAACUUCACCACAUCCUGGCGCAAUGGGUUGGCCUUCUGCGCCAUCCUGCACAGGUUCUACCCGGACAAGAUUGACUAUACAGCCCUUGACCCACUCAACAUCAAACAGAACAACAAGCAGGCCUUCGAUGGCUUCGCGGCCCUGGGAGUAUCGCGGCUGCUGGAGCCGGCGGACAUGGUCCUGCUGUCGGUGCCCGACAAGCUCAUCGUCAUGACGUACCUGUGCCAGAUCCGCGCCUUCUGCACGGGCCAGGAGCUGCAGCUGGUGCAGCUGGAGGGCGGCGGCGGCGCCGGCACAUACCGCGUGGGCAGCGCCCAGCCGGGCCCGCCCGACGACCUGGACGCCGGCCACCUGGCGCAGCGGCUGCGCGAGCACGGGGCCGAGGCGCCCAGGGAGCCCAGGGCGCCCAAGGAGGUCACGACCCCGGCGGAGGGGGCGGCCCCCGAGGAAGCCGCCAGGGGCGCGGACGCGGAGCGCACCGGGAAGGACCGCGGGGCAGAGGCCGCCCAGGAGGCGCGCUCGGCAGAGGCCCGCGUCGACGGCCCCGGAGCCCGCGCGCCCGCGCUCCCGGCCGAGGGGCUGGUGAACGGGGCGGGGACACCCAGCGGCGGCGGCGGCGGCGGCGUGAGGCUGCGACGGCAGUCGGUCAACGGGGAGCCCGGGCCGGUGCCCCCGCCCCGCGCGCACGGCUCCUUUUCCCACGUGCGCGACGCCGACCUGCUAAAGAAGAGGCGCUCCCGGCUGCGUAACAGCAACUCCUUCUCCGUGGAUGAGCCGGACUCGGGGGCUGCGGGCGCCGCAGGGGCCGCCGCCGCAGAAGGCCCGAGCCCUGAACCCAGCCCUGCCCCUGGCCCAGCCCCGGGCCCAGCUCCAGCCGCAGUCCCACAGCCACCCCUUGGUGGGAGCCCCCCAUCUGAGGAGCAGCCCCCAAGCCCAGGCGAGGAGGCUGGGCUGCAGCGGUUCCAGGACACAAGUCAGUAUGUGUGCGCAGAGCUGCAGGCUCUGGAACAGGAGCAGAGGCAGAUCGACGGGCGGGCGGCCGAGGUGGAGACGCAGCUGAGGCGCCUCAUGGAGUCAGGUGCUGACAAGCUGCAGGAGGAGAUGCUGAUCCAGGAAUGGUUCACACUGGUCAACAAAAAGAACGCUCUCAUCCGGAGGCAGGAUCAGCUGCAGCUGCUCAUCGAGGAGCAGGACUUGGAGCGGAGAUUCGAGCUGCUGAGCCGGGAGCUGCGGGCUAUCCUGGCCAUUGAAGACUGGCUGAAAACGGCCGCGCAGCAGCACCGAGAGCAGCUCCUGCUGGAGGAGCUGGUGUCCCUGGUGAACCAGCGCGACGAGCUGGUCCGGGACCUGGACCACAGGGAGCGGAUCGCCCUGGAGGAGGACGAGCGCCUGGAACGCGGGCUGGAACAGCGGCGCCGCAAGCUGAGCCGGCAGCUGAGCCGGCGCGAACGCUGCGUGCUGAGCUGAGGCCGCGCGGCGCCCGGGAGGCCCUGGCCUCAGCGGCCUCGGCUCGCCGGCGCCCUCGCCCCUCCCGGCUCGCUCUGACCUCAGCUUUUCCCGCCGCGGGUGCCCCGGCGCCGCCUGGGGCCUGCGCUCGGGAGGACCAGGCCUUCCCGGAGGCCGUGCACGCCGCCGUGAGGGGGCCGCCGGCGCCCCUUCGUGGGGACGGGGUGGGGGCAGACCCUUGGGCCCCGACGGACCGGAGUGGCUGGGCGGCCGAGCCGUCUAGGCCGUAUUUAUUCGUCCGUGGGAGUGUGUGUGCCUGUGCUCGCGGUGGGCGGGGGGUCCCCAGGAGCGCCCCACACAACCCCUUCUCGACGGCAGAGCUGGCACGGGCCAGCCCGGGGUCGAGGAGAAGGAGGCUCGGUCAACCGCCGUGCCCGGCCCCCGCCCCUUCCUGUUGGUUGCGAGCAAUAAAGUUAGACCAGAACACGGA